AUGGUCGGCUGGAGGAGUUUGCUUCUCGUGGUCUUCUUUGCGUUUAUCGCCUACAACCUCCAGACGCCCUUUUCAAACGCAAACCUGGAGCCCUCGCUGGUCGGCAAGGUUGCAAUUGUGACCGGCGGAAGCCGGGGAAUAGGCAAAGGCAUCGCAAUCGGCUUGGGCGAGACUGGGGCCACAGUGUAUGUUACAGGUCGCACUGUGUCUUCAAACUCGACUAACACUGGUGGACCUGGUGGAGUUCCACAAGCUGGAACGCUGGAGGAGACUUGCGCCGAAGUGGUGAAGGCUGGUGGCAAAUGCAUUGCAGCCGGCGUCGACAGCGGAAACGACGAACAGCUGAGAGAGUUUAUCGAUCAGGUCGUUCGCGAUCAUGGGCGCAUCGAUGUUCUAGUCAACAAUGCCUUCAGCGCCGUAUCGUGGCUACCGAAGCACGCUGGGAAACCCUUUUGGGAGAAAGGAGCUGAUGCUUGGGACCAAGUCAACCACGUUGGGCUGCGCUCUCACUACCUUGCCAGUGUAUUUGCAGCUCGACACAUGACCAAUGCCAAAUCGGGGCUCAUCAUCAACGUCGGGUCCUUCGGUGGCCUCAACUACAUUUUCGACGUUGCCUACGGCAUUGGAAAGGCGGCAAUGGAUCGCAUGGCUGCUGACAUGGCCAUCGAGCUGGCUACUGACAAUGUCACCAUGAUCUCGCUGUGGCCAGGGAUCGUUGCAACGGAGAACAUCCAGGAUGGCGCUCUCGGAGGAAUCUCUGAACGCCGUGGGCUGGCUCCAGGACCAGAGUUUGAUACUGCUGCACUGGUUCAGAGCCCCCUCGCAGAGACACCGCUCUUUGUUGGCCGGGCCGUGUCUGCAUUUGCGCGGGACCGCACAAAGUUUGAUUUCACUGGGAAGGUCCUGCUGCCAGCAACGAUGGCAGCCGGUUAUGGGAUUAUCGACGAGCGUGGUCUGAGAACCCCACCUUUCAAUUCCGUUAAGUUUCUGGCGGCAGCCGCGCUGAAAUCAACACUCCAAGAUCAGGGCUUGUUUGCUGCAUCGACGGAGCUGUUCAAGGCUGUCAAGCCUACCGCAAACAUGGAGCUGCUUUGGAAGAAGCUUCCGGAUCUAACCGUCCCGCAGUCCAUAUUGAAGCUUGCGGCAGCGUCUCCGAAUUUGUAA